AUGGCAAGGGCCGCUAAAACUUGGAGUGAUGCUCAGAGCUACUGCAGACAGUUUUACAUAGAUCUGCCCUCCAUCCACAACUCAGAGGAUAAUAACCAGAUAACUAGGGUUAUAACAACUGGAAAUUACAUCUGGUUUGGUCUGUUCCAGGACUCUUGGGAAUGGUCUGACAAAUGGAGCCUCUUCUUUAGAAACUGGGCAGCAGGUCAACCAUCCCAGAGUUCAGGAUCUGAUUGUGUCCGCAUGUCAAGAAUCAAUUCUGGGAAAUGGGCUCAUGAAAGCUGUGAUCUAAAGCAUCCUUUUAUCUGCCAUGGAGAUGGCAAGUUGAAACAGAUGGUCAAACUAAAAGUAUCCUGUAAUGGAAAAUGCACGUUGAAUGAUUCUUCCAUACAGACUGCCAUCCUGAAUGAGAUAAGUGAAAAGCUGAAGAGCAUGGGGCUGGAAAGUGACAGCAAAAUAAGCUGGAGAAAAGGGGAAGGUGGAGAGGUGUUUCAUCAGGAGAUCAACCGUACUGCGAGUUCCAAUAAUAAAUCUAAUAAGAAGUAAUCUUUUAUUUAGGCCUUUAUAUCAAAAUUCAAAGAUUGCUUUAAGGAAUUGUGAAGUAGUUUUAGCAGAAUUAUCAUUUAUUUAAAGUGCUCCUAUUAUG